AUGGAAAAUCGAGAAUGCGAAAUAAGAAUAUUUAACGGUACUAGCUGUUGUUUUUAUAGAUAUAUGCAUUCAGUAAAACAUGGAGUAUGGUUAGUAAAUCCUCCUGAGUGUUUAAAAAGUAAAGGAGAAGAAAAAUGUAUAGCUAGAUUUACAAAGACUAUGGGUAAUUUUUAUGGUAUAUUACAAUAUUGUGUAGUUAUAAAUAGUGAUGAAUAUAUUUUGAAUGCUCGUUUUGAUAUACCAUUAUUAGGUGAUAAUACAGCUACAUCGAUUAUUGGUUUGAAUAUAAAGAGUGAAGAUAAACAGAUAUUAUCACAACAGAAUUAUUUUUUAGUAAAAUAUAGUUUUGAUAAUACAUAUAAUAGUAAAUUUUAUAUUAACAUUGUUGAAACGGAUGAAGGACAUCGAUUUAUUGAAUACCAUAAGAAGAAAUUAAAGAAAAAUCUUCUUCGUGUAUUACAUAUAAGAACAUUAGAAGAAAAAGAAAAAUUACGUAAAGAAAAUAUGAAUAAUAAUUUAAGAAUAAAUGAUUACAAUAAUAUUAGUAGUAAUAAUAAUAAUAAUAAUAUUAAUAAUGAAGAUAAUUUAACAAAUGAUAAAUUAAUAAAUAAUUAUCAUCGUGAUAAUGAUAUAUUAGAUAUAUUACCAUUAAGUUUUAUUAUUAAUAUAAAAAAUUAUGAAUGGAAAAAAAGACUUAGAAAAGCACAUAAAUCUUUAUAUAUAAUAAUUAUAAAUUUUACUAGACAAACAUUAAAUUUAACAGAUAGUAAAGGUAUGAAAUCUGUUGAAUUGAAUGAAGGGAAUUGGAUUGAAUUACCAAAUGAGAAAAUAUCUUCUUUACGUUCUUGUGAAUUUGGAUGUAAUAGUGAUGGUAUGUUUUCUAGUAUCAGUGGUUUUUGUAAAUAUAAUUUUAUGAAUGAAUCAUGUUAUUUAAAUAUAUUAUGGGAUAUUAAUAGUGUAAAUUCAAAAAUUAAAUGUAAUAUUAAAAAUACUACUAAAUAUACAAUUAUAAAAAAUGUAGAAUUAUAUAAUGAAUGUACUGCUGUUUUUCAUAUCUUAGAAUAUUAUUAUUACCCUCCAAUCAAAAUAUUAGAAUGCAGAGCUUUAACAAAUAAUGUUAUUAAUAAAUAUAAUAUUAAUAAAGAUAAUAUUGAUAAAAAUAUUAAUACAAUAUAUCAAUGUAGUAUUAAUGUUAUUAGACAAUUUUGUCAAUAUCUUCUUAAUAAUAAUACAUCUCAAGAAAAUUAUUCAAAUGAUGAAGAAUUUAUGAAUUCAUCCAAUUUGCAAAAAAAAUUUGUAUAUAAUGAUGACGAUGAUGAUAUAAAAUAUAUAAAUAAUAACAUCUCUCCUUUUACAAAGAUUAAUAAAAAUGCCAUAUCUGUAUAUUCAAAAAAAGGGAAUGAAAUUAUUUCUAGUAAAAAAAAAAAAAAUAACAAAUCUGUUUAUUAUAAUAGCAAAGGAGAUAUUGUUCCAGAUGAUAAUUAUAAAAAAGAGGGGAAAAAAAUAUAUAAUAACUUACACGAUAAUGAUAAUAAAAAUGGUUAUUCUUUUAAUGACGAAGAAAAUGAGCAAUUAGAAGAAGAUGGAGAUUUUUUAAAUAUCGAGAAUUUAAAGAGUAGUACUAUACAAGAAAAGAAUUUAGAAAUUUUAAAAAAAAGAAAAGCAUGUUCAAACAAUAUGAAUAUUAAUAGAAAGAAUAUAUUUACAAAUAUUAAUAUAACAUGUGGACGUGAUUUUUUUUGUUACAUGCAUGGAAAUAAUUAUUCUAAUAACAUACCUAUAAAUUCUUAUUUAUAUAUAUGUUGGAACAUAGGAAAUGUUAUAUAUAGAAAUUUAUAUAAUUCAAGUGAAAAUAUAAUAAUAAAUGCUCAUAGUUUGUUAAGUAGUCAUAAUAUUAAUGAUGAUGUUAUAUUAAAAUUGAAAAUAGAUGAAAAUAAUAGAAGGCUUUAUCCAUCAAAUCUAAUACAUAGUUUAUUAAUGAAUACAGAAAGUAAUAUAUAUAUAAAUAAUGAAUAUGUAAUAUUAGAUAUUAUUUUAAGUAUAUUCCAUAUUAUAUCAACAAAUUUAUCACCUAUUAUAGAAAAAAUAUUAGAUGCAGAAUAUGGAACUAGAUGGAUAAUGGAUAGUAAAAUACCAAAAAGUAAUAUAUGGGAAAAAUCAAAAGGAAAAAAUGAAUUAGAUAUUGAAGGAAUUAUACAUAUCAUUACAACAUUCUGGAUAGAUAUAUUUGAAAAACGUAUAAAAAAUUUAGAAAUUAUACAAAAUUUACAAAAAGCAUCUAUUUUUUGGUCAAAUCAAGAAAUAGAUCAAUUUGAUCAGGAUUUUGUCAAAAAAUUAAUCGAAAGCUCUUCCUUACUUUUAAAGCUCUUUGGAGAUUAUAACACAGCAAAGAGUAUUGAAAAGUUGUAUUAUAAUAAGUAUUCUAUUUUUAAUGACUUUUGCGUGGACUAA